AUGGAGUUCUACCCUCAAGACGGAGCCAAUGCCGCCGACUCUGCUGCUUGCGCUGCGCUUUUCGUCGACCACACGGUGCUAGUGCCGGCAGUUUCGAACGCCAACUUGGGCCAACUGACGAUCGAUCUGUUGAUCAACACGUUGCUGUCGAAUGGAAACACAUUUGACGUGGAGCUCAAGUGUGUCGGCCAUUUGCUCAGCAAGUCGGCUCCCCCUAUUGCUGGCGGCGCUGCCUUUGCCACGCAGCAGCCGCACGCUCUAUGUCUCAAUCUAGCAGUGUAUCAGAGCAAAGAGAAGAAGCUGACGGUCAUCCAGCAGCGAGCUCCUGUCUUGCCGGGGAAAGCUCACACGUUCGUCCAAGAGCUGGUCGAGUGGGCGAUCUCAAGCAAGGCGGCGACGCUUGGCGUUUUGGCUGGAUGCGAUGACAUGCUUCGUCAUGACGUCAACAUGAUGAGUCGUCCGAUCCGUACCAUCUACUCUGCGAAUGCUGCUCAGCUCGACGAAUCUAUUUUGACUCGUUUCGAGGGACUCACUACAGAGACUGAAAGCGUCCACGAAGCAGCCCAAGCGCCAUCGUCAUCUGUCGAGCGAUGGGAGCAGAUCCGCGGUGCUGGCCUUGCUCCGCUCUUGCAUGCAAAGUGCGAGGAACUGCAGUUGCCGUGUGUUGCGUGGGUGAUGCCAUGUGCCGAAGGAAACAACGUCUUGGACGCUGCUGCCAUGGCCACACAUCUUUUUCGCUCUCUGCGACUAGGGCAAAAGCAUUUGACUACUGACCCUGACGCGGUGUCUGAUUUGAUGCCACCAGCGCUUCCGUUUGCUUUCCCACCCUCUUGGAACCAGCUUUUCGGACGAGGUCCUGAUGUAUCUCUGUACCUGUAA